AUGGCGUGUGGUAGUAAAGUUGGUAAUCAGCUGACAAAUGCCUCAGCGUCAGUUGCUGAGCAAGCGGGAGCCUCAGCCUUGGCUGCCUUCUCCACAGCUUCAGUGGUGCCCAUGGUGCCUCCCUUACUCCUUGAUAAGCAGUUCUCUGAAUUCACUCCCGACAUUACACCAAUCAUUUUGGCAGCCCAUACCAAUAACUACGAGAUAAUUAAACUUCUGGUUCAGAAAGGAGUCUCAGUGCCCCGACCCCACGAGGUCCGCUGCAACUGCGUUGAGUGCGUGUCCAGCUCAGACGUGGACAGCCUCCGUCACUCCCGCUCCAGACUCAACAUCUACAAGGCCUUGGCCAGUCCCUCUCUCAUCGCACUGUCAAGCGAAGAUCCCUUCCUCACGGCCUUUCAGUUAAGCUGGGAGCUUCAGGAACUGAGCAAGGUGGAGAAUGAGUUCAAGUCAGAGUACGAGGAGCUGUCGCGACAGUGCAAGCAAUUUGCUAAGGACCUGCUGGAUCAGACGAGAAGCUCCAGGGAACUGGAAAUCAUUCUUAAUUACCGAGAUGACAAUAGCUUGAUAGAAGAACAAAGUGGAAAUGAUCUCGCAAGACUAAAAUUGGCCAUUAAGUACCGUCAGAAAGAGUUCGUUGCCCAGCCCAAUUGUCAACAGCUGCUUGCGUCCCGCUGGUAUGAUGAGUUCCCGGGCUGGAGGAGAAGACACUGGGCAGUGAAGAUGGUGACAUGUUUCAUAAUAGGACUUCUUUUCCCUGUCUUCUCUGUGUGCUACCUGAUAGCUCCCAAAAGCCCACUUGGACUGUUCAUCAGAAAGCCAUUUAUCAAGUUUAUCUGCCACACAGCCUCCUAUUUGACUUUUUUGUUCCUGCUGCUGCUUGCCUCUCAGCACAUCGACAGGUCAGACUUGAACAGGCAAGGUCCACCACCAACCAUCGUCGAGUGGAUGAUAUUACCGUGGGUCCUGGGUUUUAUAUGGGGAGAAAUUAAACAAAUGUGGGAUGGCGGUCUUCAAGAUUACAUCCAUGAUUGGUGGAAUCUAAUGGAUUUUGUGAUGAACUCCUUAUAUUUAGCAACAAUCUCCUUAAAAAUUGUUGCAUUUGUUAAGGUAACUAUUAUUUAUAUUGUUG